AUGGCGUUUCGUGGUCGGCGAAAGAGGACAAUGUGUAUUUCGGUUAGGAGUUGUUAUGCGCUUUCAAACGUUUUCCAUGUUCCUUUUGGCCCAGAGAAGGAGUUUGUCAAAGCUUUUAAUCUUAAUUGGAAAUUGGAUGUGUCUCACAAGAUUAAGGCUUUUGGUUGGAGAUGUUUUAUUAAUAGAUUGCCAACAAGGGAUCUUCUUCUUAUUAGAGGUAUAUCUUUACCUUCUUCUACUGUUUGUGUGCUAUGCAGAACGGAAAGGGAAACAUUGAAUCAUAUUUUAUUUUCUUGUGGAGUUUCCGCUAUUAAUUGGAAGGAGGUGGCUAGUUGGAUCGGUUUUAUUGAUUCUGAGUCUGAUUGCAUCAUGAGCAUUUUUUUGAGAUGGAAUAGUUUUUGCAAGUCCAACAAGGUGAAAUUCGGUAGAGAAGGGAGUAUUUGGUUGGCUAGCUUUUGGGCUAUUUGGAAGCUUAGGAAUGAGAUCAUCUUCCGGAAUAAUACUUGGAAUGUUUUCGAUACUGUUUGGAGCAUUAAGGCACUUCUUUGGCGUUGGUCGUUCAUAGAAAAAGUUACCCGUACCAAUUACAACUUUUAUGAAUUUAGCAAAUCUCCUUUGUUUUAUCUUUCUUAG